AUGUCAAAUGUGAAGUCCGAGUGGUCCGCAAUCGCCAGACUCGAUCCUUUGCUUGCUGAGAGAGCAGCGGUGCAUUUCAAGGGUCUGGGGGAGUUCAUACUCUCGAUUGCUGACGAGAAAGAUGCUUUAAAACUGGUCAGAGACUGCAUGGAGGAUACGAGGAGCCUGGUUCGCUGCGCGGAGCUGGGAAAUCAGUUGUGGCUUUUCGUGCAGGCCCACCCCACUAUGGCUGAUCGGGUUGUACGCAGGGUGGCUCAGGCUGCGGCUUGUGGGCCCUACAGGAGUGCAAGUUCCCGCUGCGAUCCCAGCGAGACGUAUCAGGCUCUGGUCAAUGCUAGUCCACAGCUUAGCUUGGCAGUCCUCGAGAGGGCGAUAAAGGCAAAAGGGGCCGCGUCCGGUCGGGCGGAGCAUGAGGAGGUCAAGAAGAAGAAGUGGGCUCUUCUAUUGGCUCAGUACAUUGAGGAGGCAGGUCUUCCGGCUGCCGCGCGGAUCCGUGCUAUGGAGGAUCCCAGUGCGGUGUGGGUGCGAGCUUUCGGGGCGCGCCGAGGAAAUACGCUUAAGAAUCGUUGCAGGAGCUGGACACCCGUCAGGGAGUGGCUUCAAGUCACGUUUGGGCGUGCUUGGCCUAAAGAUGUUGGGGAAAUUAUUCAUUAUCUUGAAGAGCGACAUCAGGGCUCACCUCUGGGAAAGACUGUGCCAGGGUCAAUUUUGGCUAGCGUUUUCUUGAUGGAGCAAGUGGGACAGGCCGACGGGGAGCCUGUAAGGCAAGCGCCAUUAUACACUGUCGCCAUCCUGCUGGCGGCCGAGCUGACAGUUGUGCGAAUUUCUGCACCUGCGGGACUGCGGUUCAUGUGCUUCAUGCUGCUUUUGAUGGUCUGGGCGUGCCUGCGCUGCGACGAUCUGCAGGGAAUCUGUCCGGAGUCGAUGACUUUGUCACAGCUGGGAUUGAAGUUUACUUUGUCGCGAACGAAGACUUCAGGGUAUGAUUGGAUCGCAGCAGGCUACAAUCUUCUACAGACAGACGAGUUCAAGAUUCCAAGGGACUUCUUGUGCCUUCGCUUCACGCUUGGAUGGGAGGUCCAGGCCCGAGAGUACAUGGACGGCGAAGGAGUGGCAUGUCACAUCCGGAGGGCGCUGGCGGAACUGAAGGCGCCACGGUUGGUGGAGGGUUCCUGGGGGCUCUCCAAGACGGUGCUUCUGGUUCCAGAGGCGCUACUGGGCUUCUGGAGCGGACAUUCUGCUAGGCAUUUCCUGCCGUCAUUGGCAGCCGCGACAGAUGCCUUGACGAAUGGCGACUACAGCACUUUUACAUCCUGCAACAGGGUUUCGCUGUCCGUGGAAGAUUUGCCUUUGGACAUGUUGUUCCGGUUGGCAGCUGCCCGUGAGGAGUUCGUGUCGGCGAAGGCGACAUUGACCAGGCUUGCUGANNUCCCGCCCUCCACUCCCUGUGGUGGCAGCUCCGCGCUUGUCAAGCUCUUCGCUUGGGGCAGUCAAGCUUGCAUUCUCAAACAGGGUGCCGCUCUUGGCGCGACACUUCUUGCAAUAUCGCUUACGCAGACAGAUGACACAGGUGUCAUCAACAGUCUCUUGUGA